AUGACAAAGGUGGUAGACCCACUUUCCUUGGAUGAGCAUGUCGAGGUGACUGUUGACUCAGGUGCUGCUGGUGGUGGUCCUGCUCGGGGUGCUGCGUCUGGAGGUGCUGAGCCUGAGCGUGCGGAGCCUGGGGGUGCGGAGCCUGAGUGUGUGGAGCCUGGGGGUGCUGAGCCUGGAGGUGCCGGGCCUAGGGGUGCUGCGUCUUCACUACGGGAGCCUCUCUCACCACAGCAGCUGCGUGAGUGGCUUGCUCGACGCUCCCGCCUUCGGAGUGGUGCUGCUGGAGCUGGAGGCGCCAGAGCUGGAGGUAUUGGAGCUGCCAGGGCUAGUGGUGCUGCUAGUCCUAGAGGUGCUGAAGAACCUGCUGGAGCUGGAGGUACUGGGGGUACUGGAGCUACUAGUACUAGAGGUCCUACAGGUGUCUCGCCACCGCAGUCUAGUCGGCGAGAGCCUCUCUCACCACAGCAGCUGCGUGAGUGGCUUGCUCGACACUCACGCCUUUGGAGUGGCGCUGCUGAAGCUGGGGGCGCUGGGGCUGGAGGCUCAGGAGCUGGAGCUGCUGGUCCUGGAGGUGCUCGUACUGGAGGUGCUGGAGCUGCCGGAGCUGGUGGUGCUGCUGGUGCUAGAGGUGCUGGUGGUGCUGGCACUGCUGGUCCAAGAGGUGCUCGUCCUAGGGGUGCUGGAGCUGGAGGUCCUGGAGCUGCUAGUCCUGGAGGUGCUGGAGGUCCUACUGGAUCUGGAGGUACUGGGGGUGCUCGAACUGCUGGUCCUGUAGGUGCUCGUAAUGGAGGUACUGGAGCUGCCGGGGCUGGUGGUUCUGCUGGUAUUGGAGCUGCAGGAGUUGGUGGUGUUGUGGGCUCAGGAGCUGGUGGCGCUGGCACUGGAGGCGCUGGAGCUGGAGGCGCUGGAGCUGGAGGCACUGGCGCCGACUAG